AUGGCUUGUGGACUCGCUUUGAAAAGACCUCUGCAGCACGAAUAUGAAUCGUAUUUAACCGAUGAAUCAUACAAUAGCGAAGCAAAGCGAGCAAGAACUCAAUGCCCUCCAUUCCGCGCUCAAAUGGGAACUAUCGCCGCCACACUACCAUCUACCAGCACAUUUGCCCAGAAGUUUAAAGAACAGGAGGAUAGCGUUUUCCAAGCAGCAACACUGAUGACUCGGUUGUCCAGAAACCAGCUCAAGACGUACCUUUGUUCAGAAGUGAAGAAUCUUCGCAAGAGAAAAGCGAUUCCUCGUAACAAUGAUUUCGAUGAAAAUAAGGAGCAGAGGGGCGAUGGCAGCGGUGCAAGUUACUCAAAAGCCUACAGAGCCCCUUCUUCACCGAAGUCCGGGUCGGAUUCCGAAGGUGAAGCGCCACUUGCUUCCGUCAACGAUCGGUUCAACAAACGUGAGUUCACGAUGGACAACGUUACAAUGAUCUGCGAGCGGUUGCUCAAGGAACAAGAAGUACGCUUGAGAAGUGAAUUCGAAAACGUUUUGGCCAAGAAGUUGGAUGAGCAACAUCAACAAUACGUCCAAUUCGCCACUGAACAGUUGAACUCGAAGUGUGUCAGCGCUGGGGACGACUAUGCUUAUUCUUAUCUCUCCUAA